UCGGUUCCCGUCCCUGGCGAUGCGUGAUAGGCCAAUGGUUCUCAUCCUUGGGCGGCAAAGCUGCCCUCAUGCAUGCAACCCCCAAAGCCCCUCUUCGUGGGCGCGGUGGACACAGCUCGAUCAUUCCGGUCAGACAAGUCUCCCCAGAAUCACAUCUCCCCAAGCAUUCAGUACAUCUGAACAACAACCACCCCCCAUUCUGUUCCCAUCAUCCCAAGCAGGAAACACCCAAUAUUCAACAUGCAAUCAUCUUUUGCCGAAAGUCCAUCAAUAGCGGAAGUAUUGCCGCGGCAUCGGAAAACGUCCCCAUUCCCACCGGUAGCGGUGGUGGAAGAGCCAGCAACACCGGAGAAGAUCCGGUUCGGGGACAGUGACCCAGUCCUGCUAUCUUAUGAGGAGAUCCCCGAAUGGUACCAAGACAAUGAGUCCAUCCAGCAUGGCUAUCGCCCCGUCUCCAAUUCGACCCAUGCAUGCUUCGCCAGCUGGCUGUACCUGCACAAUGAAACGGUGAAUAUCUAUACCCAUUUAGUCCCGGCCGCUUUUUUCCUCGCAGCGGAAGGCAUGUUCUAUCAAUACCUCCAAGCCAGGCACCCCGAAGCCACAUUGGGCGAUCAUGCGGUCUUUGCCUUCUUUCUUUUGACAGCCGUUAUAUGCCUUGGCAUGUCGGCGACGUAUCAUACCUUGAUGAACCACUCCCUCCAUGUCUCCGACUUGUGGUUGAGACUCGAUUUCGUUGGGAUUAUUGUACUCACUAUGGGGGACUUCGUCUCCGGAAUCUAUAUGGUAUUUUACUGCGAGCCUAUGCUAAGACAUAUCUACUGGGGCAUGAUCAUCACCCUCAGCUGUGUGACCAUCUUGAUCCUUGUGAAUCCAAAGUUCCAAGGUCUUCGUUGGCGUACCUUUCGUGUCUGCACGUUUGUUGGUACGGGACUGUCAGGUUUUGCGCCUCUCAUCCACGGUAUCAGCGUCUUUGGGUUUGCCAAAAUGAUGGAGCAGUCCGGCAUGCCAUAUUACCUCGGUGAAGGGGUCCUUCUUAUAUUAGGUGCAUUUUUCUAUGCGAUGCGAAUUCCUGAAUCUCUGAGGCCUGGGAAAUUCGAUAUCUUUGGCUCUUCUCAUCAGAUCUUUCACAUUCUCGUCGUCCUCGCUACUGCGGUGCAGCUGAUUGGUAUUCUGUCCGCAUUUGACUACAACUAUAGGCACCGAGAAUGUAGACACCCGUAAAGUGGUGCGUGUUGUACCCCAGGGUACCGUUGACUUUUAGGUCAUGCUUUAUGGUGGUUUGUAUGUUUUGGAGUGCCUCAAGGCCAUGCUAUCAUUUUCUAUGUGACUUUUUUGUGCCUUUAUAUCCUGCUAGAUCUCUCAGUACUGUCUAGAUGUUUGAUUCU